UCCAGCGGGUACCAGGGCAGCCCUCUUCUCUGAACCCGUUUGCCUCCAGGUCUCCUUGCCCGAGGAGGAGGAGGCGGCGGCGUCCGCCGCCAUGGCGGAGGCUGGGGAACCGGGGCCGCGGGGAGCCGUCGGGGGCCCCGAAGAGGAUGAGGACGAGGAGCGGGAGCCGCUGCUGCCGAGGCCGGGUCGGGCCCCGCCGGGCGGCGCCGUGAGGAUCCUCGAGGACCCCGAGGGAGGAGGGCACGGCGGCGGCGAAGCCCGAGGGGACGAGGAGACCGCGUCCGACGGAGACGAGGAGGAAGAGCUGCUCCUGCCUGGGGGAAAGGCCGCCGACCCGGGCGGCCGGGGCCGUGGCCGGAGGGCUCGACGGAGCUCUACCUUAGACCGCCUCCGCCUCUUCUCGGCAGGUCUUGCAGAGAUGAACUUAUUCUUGGAGGAUCCAGAAUUUACUGACAUGAUAAUGAAAGCAGAACAAGCAAUAGACUCUGGAAUUCUCCCAGAAAGAAUCUCUCAAGGUUCAAGUGGAAGUUAUUUUGUCAAGGAUCCCAAAGGGAAAAUUAUUGGUGUCUUUAAGCCAAAAUCUGAAGAGCCUUAUGGUCAUCUAAAUCCAAAAUGGACCAAAUAUUUUCAUAAGAUCUGCUGUCCUUGCUGUUUUGGCAGAGGUUGCCUUGUACCUAAUCAGGGAUACCUUUCCGAAGCUGGUGCCUAUCUUGUAGAUGAAAAGCUUGGUCUGGGAGUUGUACCCAAAACAAAGGUGGUCUGGCUUGUGAGUGAGACAUUUAACUACAGUGCAAUAGACCGUGCAAAAUCAAAAGGCAAAAAAUAUGCUCUAGAAAAAGUACCAAGCGUGGGCAAAAAAUUCCAUCGAAUAGGACUACCUCCCAAGGUGGGCUCCUUUCAGCUGUUUGUUGAUCAUUAUAAGGAAGCUGAUUAUUGGCUUAGGAAAUUUGAAGCUGAUCCUUUACCUGAGAAUGUUAGAAAACAGCUUCAGUCACAGUUUGAGAGAUUAGUUGUUUUGGAUUACAUCACCAGAAAUACAGACAGGGGAAAUGAUAAUUGGUUAGUCCGAUAUGAAAAACAGAGUGAUGGGAACAAAAGUUCCAAUAAGGAAACAGAGUGGACUAUGGGUAAAGAAUCUCUUAUUAAAAUUGCUGCAAUUGAUAAUGGUCUAGCAUUUCCCUUUAAACAUCCUGAUGAAUGGAGAGCAUAUCCUUUUCAUUGGGCUUGGCUUCCUCAAGCAAAAGUUCCUUUUUCUGAAGAAACUAAAGAAUUAAUUCUCCCACGUAUCUCUGAUAUGAACUUUGUGCAAGAUUUAUGUGAAGAUCUUUAUGAACUUUUUAAGACUGAUAAAGGAUUUGACAAGGCCACUUUUGAAAAUCAGAUGUCUGUAAUGAGAGGCCAGAUUUUAAACCUUACUCAAGCAUUAAAAGACGGAAAGAGUCCUCUUCAGCUAGUACAAAUGCCACGUGUGAUCGUGGAACGAAGUCAGAGUGGAAGUCAGGGCCGGAUUGUCCAUUUGAAUAAUUCAUUCACACAGACCGUGAAUUGUAGGAAGCCUUUCUUUUCUUCCUGGUAGCCGAUGUAAGAUGAAAAACACUGGACUCUUGCCCUUAAUUAGAAAUGUUAUGUAAAAGAUUUUGCAAUAAUAUAAAUCUUCUGUACACAGCUCCAACUGCCAAAACCUCAGAUAACUUAAAUCUUUAAAAAGGUUGCAUUUUGAAUGUAAUCAAAAGUUUACAGUUUUUGUGUCCAAAAAUUGUGAAUUCUACGUCAGGGAAUAAACAAGUAACCCAUUGUUUAUAUUGUAUUUUUAUAGGAUGAAUGUACUUUAUUGUGUUGAUACUACUUUAAAAGAAAAUUUUACAGUUUGCAUAUGCUGGAAUGACUGUAUUCACUUUGGAAUUCAAAAUAGAAAAUUAUAUGUCUGUUGUUCAGUUUAAUAUGAGAAUGCGAGUUUGUGAGAUAUUACACUUUAUAUUGCCCUUGCGAAUGAAGGGGAUAUCCUUGUUAAAUUUCUUCAGAUUCCAAAAUGCCUUAGGAUUGAAACUGACCCAUCUGGGUUUGAAUGCAAUAGUUACAAGAAAAAUAAAUUAGAAUAGUUAUAUUUCAUCUUUUAAAAAAGCUGCUGUUUCUGAAACUUGAAAAAUGUACCUGAAAAAGCCCAGUCUGCUUUGUACUAGGGACCAAAAAAAAUACUUAAAUUUGCAUUAGACUUUUGUUCUUCUGUUUGUCUACUUUAAAAUUAUUUUUGGAGAACUGUUCAUGUUACUAUAAUAAAGGUGCAAAAUUCAGUUUGAGAGUGAAAAAUGAGGGGUUAUUCAUUGGCUAGUAUCAAUAUAGGUCUCUAGGUACUUAAGCUUUGAAGUAUGUAUUAUCACUAAAUAUUCAUUUAUAUGUCUUGCAUAGGAUCUAAGAACAAGCUGCUUUUGUUAAUAAUAAAUUUUUAAAUGAAAAAUUGUACCCCAAAGUAUAUAUGAGAUUGCAUUUGGGGUCCUACUGUGUGCUGAGCCUUUAAAGCAGCUUAUUUUUAAAAAAAAAAAUUUAUGUUAUUUGAUAUUUCAGUUUGUAUUCUAAUUAUAAGUCAAUUUUUAAAAAUGAUCUGCACAAGUCAUAGAGACAGGUUAAAUAGAUGAUUCUAAAAUCAUUUACAUUUGUUUCUGAAAUGCAUUUUGUAUACUUAAUUGGCCAAAUCUGACACUUUGAGAAUUUGUAAAACUUUCAAUAAACAUUUGCUAAAUUAAAUUAAAAUAACCUAUAUGAAGAUCAGACUUUACUAGAAAGACUCAGCUUUUACCUCCUAUACUACUUAGCCCAGUGAUCACCUCUCUGCUACUUCAUCCUAGGAGUGACCAUAUUAAUAUGUCACUCAGUUGGCCUUCACCAGAACUGUCCUUUCACAUUCUUUAGUUUACAGACUUGGUUGUUUGCACAGGCUGAGGGUGGGGGGAAGACUAAUUGCUUGUCCUGUAAAAUAUCUUUAUCAGAUGUUAAACCAGAAUAGGAAAUAAGAGAAUUCCUUGGCUCUCUAGUUAGGCUCCACUUCAGAUUUCUGGUUUGUGAGCGAGUUUUUGAGGCCACUGACCUCACAUUACAAAAAUGAAGUAGAAACCAUUGUCUUCUUCGUACCUUCCGCAAAUAAUCUGAAAAGAAAAUCAUCCAACGUAGGAUAAUGUAGAGUUGAUUGUAAACUUUAAAAUGUACCCUAAUCUGCUUUUUCAUGAAUAGUAAUUAAAAUUGGUGUUUCCAAAAGUUGUGACCUACAGGAAAAUAAAUACCUGUGUUAAGUGUUAUUUUUGAAAAUUAGUUUUUCAGUAUUUUACACUUUGCUAUGUUAUAUUUUUUUAAUGGAAAACAGAGAAAUUUGCUUCAGUGCUACUGUUUCAUAAUACUGUAAGAGAAGCUAGCAUAUCAUUAGGAUCUUCUAUUUAAAAUGGCCAGGUUAUGCCUUAAAACUGAAGGAAAUAUGCAUAAUAAAUAUUUCUAAAUUCUGAAUACAAGUCAGAACAGUGAUAUUUUGUAAACUUUUCAGGAUUUUAUUUCUUGUGUAAAUACUUCAUUCAGACUUUUUAAAAUGAGUAUAUUUGAGAUUGCCAAAUAGAAGACUUAAAAUAAUAAAAAUCAUUGUCUUAAAGACCAAA